AUGGCAGCAUUAUAAAAAAAGCAAUCCAUAAACUGUAAAGUGUUAGUUUUAGGUAAAUCAGGAGUUGGAAAGAGUUAUAUUCUUCUUUAAUAUACAGCUCCUCCUCAAGAAAUAGUCUAGAUGCCAAAAUUAACAACAGUUGGUGUAGAUUAUAAAUAUGGGACUGAAAAGAUUGAAGAUACAGAAGUUAAAAUGUCAAUAUGGGAUACUGCUGGCCAAGAGAAAUAUCGCCCUAUUAUUUAGACUUAUUUUAAGAAUUCAAAGGCAGCAAUUCUUGUGUUUGAUUUAACAGAUAAGUAAUCCUUGUAAGAUGUGAGAUACUGGCUAAGAGAAGUAAAAUUGUAAUGUGGUAAGGAUGUAGCAAAAAUUUUAGUAGGAAAUAAAUGUGAUUUGCCUCACGAAUAGCCUGAUUAAGCUUUGAUAUAAGAAUAUUGCGAAGAAUUUCAAAUGGAAUAUAUAGAAUCAAGUGCUUUAUAAAAGAUUAAUAUUUAAGAAAUAUUUGUAAAGUUAGCUAAAAAGAUAUAUUAAUAGCACAAAGCAAGUAUUCCAUAAAAUCAAUUAAAAUAAAAUAGUUUACCAGCAAAUGAAGCUUAAAAUUAAAAUUCUACAUCAUCAAAUAAAUAAAUAAGUUUAAAAAAUUCUAAACCAAAAUAGAAAAAAGAAAAUGAUGGGUGUUGCUGA